AUGAAGAAUCCAUCAGAAGGGUACAUUGUUAUUCGUCCGAGAAAUCAAAGUCACACGGUAUCAAUCAAGAGUGUUUCAAUAACCCAUUUUGGGGCUGGAAGUGUUGAUCAGCCUAGAUUUGGAAGCUUUACAUUCAGGCCUGAGGGACCCAGUGGUAACACCUCCAGUCUGUUCACGACAAGUGCUCACUUUCACAACAAGUCCGGUGUGGUCGUUAUUGCUCACGAGAAGCAAAUGUAUGAGAUUAGCUUCUCUGGGCCGGUAGGUACUGCUAAGGAUUCAGUGCCGAAUAUCAUCGAUAGGUAUAGACUGCUCAAAAUCAUCGUCGACAGAACAGAUGAGACCUUUAUAGCCUUGGGUCGGCAGCCAGCAGACCAUAGAAUAUCUCUGCUGCGUAUUACGCGGACGGGUUUCCACGUUCAACCUUCUGUCCAUAAGAUUGUAGAACUCGGUGGACUAUCAGAUUCGGACGAAGCCAUGUUGAAAGUGCUCGAUAAGGAAGAAACCGGGGAAAAAGUUGUGCUUGUCACAGCUCUAGUUUCUCUCGAAAGGAGUGCUGUAUAUAAGAUUUUGUUGCCACGUUAA